AUGGAAACGCCACCAAAUAAUAAUAAAAUUUCAUUGAAUUCAAAUCAUGACUACUUUACACCGUGUAAUAAUUCAUUAUUGCAUAAUAACAUUGAAAAAGAAUUUGACAAAGAAAUUAACAAGUUUCGAUCUGACGAAGAAUCUUUUAAUAACCGAACUAUCAAAAAUCUAAAUGAUAGUAGUAAUGAUGAUAAUGAUAAUAAUACAGAUUAUCUUAAUGAUUACUCUUCACUAGAUUAUAAUAUGAAUAUUGAUGAAAAUUUUAACUUGUCAAAUCAAUCAAAUUAUUAUCAAGAACAAUUAGAAACACCAUCACAAAUGCCGGAAUCAACAUCAAUGACCCCAAAACAAACAGGCUUACCAAUUUUACCAUUUGUUGCUACCGAUUCUCAUGCAUCAACUCCACCUUGGGUUUUAGAUACUUUUUCUAUGAGUUUAAAUAACGACAACGACAACAAUGACGAAGUUGAUGAAAAUGUUAUUUUUCAAUUGAGAAGUAAAAGCGAGAGUUCACGAACAACUAAUACGAAUACUAAUAACAUCAAUGCUGGGACUCUUACCAUCAACACUAGUACAAAUGACGUAGAGACUGAUAUCGAGGACGGAGAAACUGAAAAGAUUAUGAUGGCAAUAAGUUAUAGGUAUCAUAAGCUUGGUUGUGCUUAUUACAAUGAUGCUGCAUCGAAAUUAUAUUUAAUGGAAGAUAUGGAUGAAUCUCCACCAUAUGAUUUAGUGAAUUUAUUACGAUAUCAAAUUUUACCAUCAGCAAUUAUUGUCAGCUCUCGUGCAGAUGAAGUACUUGUUGAUUUAUUAAAAUCUAAAGAUGAUUCAAUUCCAAUCGAGCCAAUCGUUGAAAUUCGUCCAAGUUCCGAAUUCAUAUAUUCAUCCGCUAGAACCAAAUUGUAUAAUAGUUGUUUAAAUACUAAAACAUUUGAGAAUAAUAUAUAUGGUGAAUCAUAUAAACAUGAAACGUAUCUUAAAUUAUCUAGUAUUAUUGAUAUGGAAAGCGUCGAAUCAGUUUGUUGUGCUGGUGCAUUGAUUACUUAUAUUUCAAAAUCUAAAAUUACUGAUGUUGCAACGACUAAUAUUUCUAUCAAGAUUUUCGAAGAUGAAGCACAUCCAAAUAUGCAUAUGCGAUCACAUACAAAGGAAGGGUUAUCGUUAUUUGGAAUAAUGAAUUGUACUCGUACUACGCUUGGUAAACGUCUUUUAAAACAAUGGUUUCUUCGUCCUACACUCGAUAUAUCAAUUAUCCACGAGAGACAACAUACAAUUGAAUGUUUUAUAAAACCAGAUAAUUUGAAAGCUUCGUCUUUGUUGACAAAGUGUCUCAAACAUAUUAAAAACAUUGAAAGAAUAGUUCAAAAUAUUAAAGGAAAAUUAAGUGUUAAAGAUUGGCAAUCUUUAUUACAGUUUGCUUUUUAUUGUUUGAAAAUCCGUAACUUAAUAAAAGAAUUUCAUUACGAAGAACCAUUACAAAUUUUUAAAAGGAUUGAAGAAACAUUCUCCAUAACAAAUUUCAAAACUUUCGGAUCUCUUAUCAAUGAUAUGAUUGAUUUUGAUGGAAGUGUCAAAGAAAAUCGAAUUGUGAUAAAGCCUUACAUUGACGAGGAUUUGGAUGAAAUGAAACGAGUUUAUGAUGGACUAGACGAUUUCUUGUCUGAAGUCGCUAAUGAAAUAAGCACAACAAUUCCCAACGAAAUUACUACUUCAUUGAAUGUGAUCUAUUAUCCUCAACUUGGAUAUUUGAUUGCUGUCCCGUUAAAACUAGAAUGGAAAGAUGAAAAGGAUUUUGAAUUUGAUGGAUUAUAUUUUCAAUUUAAUACUUCUACAACUGUAUAUUACAAAAACGACAGAAUGAAAGGUGAUAUUCAUGGGUUAAUAGUUGAUAAAGAAAUAGAAAUUAUUCAGAAGCUUCAAGAUCGUAUUUUACAAUAUGUUAAUUUGUUGUUAAAUGCAAGUGUUUUAUGUUCAGAACUUGAUUGUCUUCUUUGUUUAGCAGAGUCAGCAAGACGUUACAGGCAUCCUUUACAAGAACUUUGUGUUGAAGUUUUCGUAGCAAACGAUACAUUUAUUGAGGGCGGUCACGGGACUUUAAUUGAUGACGACUAUCAAGAUACAACGAUGACGAAUAUGAAUACGAAUGGUCUAUAUGAAUCUUCUAAACCUAAUAAUAAUAGUGUUAUAUUACUUAGCGGUGCAAAUUUUUCUGGUAAAAGUGUUUAUUUAAAACAAGUUGCUUUAAUCACUUAUAUGGCUCAUAUUGGAAGCUUCGUGCCGGCAGAAUCUGCUAUAAUUGGAUUAACGGAUAAAAUUUUUACUAGAAUACAAACUCGAGAAACAAUAUCAAAGAUUCAAAGCGCUUUUAUGAUUGAUCUUCAACAAAUUUCAUUUGCUCUUCGAAAUUCAACUUCAAAAUCAUUAUUAAUAAUCGACGAAUUUGGAAAAGGAACUGGUUCCACUGCUGGAUUAUUUUGUGGUGUAAUUGAACAUUUAUUGAAACGUGGUCAUAAUUGCCCAAAAGUUAUUGCUGCAACACAUUUCCAUGAAAUCUUUGAAAAUGAUCUUCUAUCAGCAUCUCUUCCAAUUACAUUAGCAACAAUGGAAAUUUUUAAAGAUGAUCGUGACGAAGAAUUAACUUUCUUGUAUCGUCUUGUUCAAGGUCGUAGCACUUCGUCUUGGGGUACAUUUUGUGCCGCUAUUUCAGGAGUUCCACUUCAUUGUAAGUAUGUUUAUUUACAACAACCUAUAGCAAAGUAUCUUUCGCAAUUAUUUUCACGUUACGAAUCAAUUCCACCACCUUUUGGUGAUCAUAUAGAACAACGUUCCUAUACCAAAUAUGAACAAGUUGCUAGAAAAUUCUUGCAGUUGGAUCUAAAACAUCCAGAAGUCGAUUUUAAUGAUUUUUUAGAUUGGAUCAGCAGAGAAUGUGUUUAA